AGCGCCACGACCACUGAUGGUGCCACAACUACAGCUGGGGGAACCACAACGGCUGGCGGAACAACCACAGCUGACGGAACAACCACAGCUGGAGCCACCACCACUGACGGUGCCACCACUACAGCCGGGGGAACCACCACGGCUGACGGAACAACCACAGCUGGAGCCACCACCACUGACGCACUUUCACUUAGGUGCCACAACUACAGCGGGGGAACCACAACGGCUGGCGGAACAACCACAGCUGACGGAACAACCACAGCUGGAGCCACCACCACUGACGGCGUUACUACGACCGGUGGCGAGACGACGACUGAAGGAGACACAACUACCGGCGGUGACACGACAACGGGUGGAGAAACGACGACCGGUGGGACAACAGGUGGUACAACAGGUGGCACGACUUCCGGCGGCUCAACUGGCGGCACUACUGCUGGCGACACCGGGUCCACUGCAGCGCCGACAACUGGCGGUACAACGGUGGCUGGGACGACUGGUGGCUCAACGGGAGGCUCAACUGGAGGAACAACUGGAGGCACAACUGGAGGCACAACUGGAGGCUCAACUGGAGGCACAACUGGAGGCUCAACUGGAGGCACAACCGGAGGCUCAACUGAAGGCACAACUGGAGGCACAACUGAAGGCGCAACUGGAGGGACAACUGGAGGGACAACUGGAGGGACAACUGGAGGGACAACUGGAGGUACCACUGGAGGCACAACUGAAGGCGCAACUGGAGGGACAACUGGAGGCACAACUGAAGGCGCAACUGGAGGGACAACUGGAGGUACCACUGGAGGCACAACUGAAGGCGCAACUGGAGGCACAACUGGAGGCGCAACUGGAGGCACAACUGGAGGUACCACUGGAGGGACAACUGGAGGGACAACUGGAGGGACAACUGGAGGUACCACUGGAGGCACAACUGAAGGCGCAACUGGAGGCACAACUGGAGGUACCACUGGAGGCACAACAGCCGGAGAGACUGAAUCAACAGCGGCUGGCAGCACUGGAGGCACAACAGCUGGAGGCUCAACCGCUGGGGAAACUGGAUCAACAGCUGGGGAAACUGGAUCAACAGCUGUCGGUAGCACUGGUGGAACAACGGCUGGUGGGUCGACUGGUGGCUCAACGUCCGGCGAAACCGGAUCCACAGCUGGCAACACCGGCAGUACCGUUUCCGAAACGAUCAUGGCAAGCACCGAAGGCACCGAUGAGACUGGAGCAACGACACCAAGUGGAACUGGUGGUACAACAGCUACUGGAGAGACUGGAGGAUCAACUGGUGGCACUGGUGGCACAACGGCUACCGGAGAAACGGGAGGAACCACAGCCACUGGGGAGACUGGCGGAACUACAGGUGGCACCGGAGGCACUGUUGGCACAACACCGAGUGGCACUGCCACUGGGGAGACUGGUGGAACCACAGCCACUGGGGAGACUGGUGGAACGACAGCUACCGGAGAAACGGGAGGAACCACAGCUACCGGAGAAACGGGAGGAACGACAGCCACUGGGGAGACUGGUGGAACGACAGCUACCGGAGAAACGGGAGGAACCACAGCUACCGGAGAAACGGGAGGAACGACAGCUACCGGAGAAACGGGAGGAACAACAGCCACUGGGGAGACUGGUGGAACCACAGCCACUGGGGAGACUGGUGGAACGACAGCUACCGGAGAAACGGGAGGAACCACAGCUACCGGAGAAACGGGAGGAACGACAGCCACUGGGGAGACUGGUGGAACGACAGCUACCGGAGAAACGGGAGGAACGACAGCUACCGGAGAAACGGGAGGAACCACAGCUACCGGAGAAACGGGAGGAACGACAGCCACUGGGGAGACUGGUGGAACGACAGCUACCGGAGAAACGGAAGGAACAACAGCCACUGGGGAGACUGGUGGAACCACAGCCACUGGGGAGACUGGUGGAACGACAGCUACCGGAGAAACGGGAGGAACCACAGCCACUGGGGAGACUGGUGGAACGACAGCUACCGGAGAAACGGGAGGAACCACAGCUACCGGAGAAACGGGAGGAACGACAGCCACUGGGGAGACUGGUGGAACCACGGCCACUGGGGAGACUGGUGGAACCACAGCCACUGGGGAGACUGGUGGAACGACAGCUACCGGAGAAACGGGAGGAACCACAGCUACCGGAGAAACGGGAGGAACGACAGCCACUGGGGAGACUGGUGGAACCACAGCCACUGGGGAGACUGGUGGAACGACAGCUACCGGAGAAACGGGAGGAACAACAGCCACUGGGGAGACUGGUGGAACCACAGCCACUGGGGAGACUGGUGGGACGACAGCUACCGGAGAAACGGGAGGAACCACGGCGACCGGAGAAACGGGAGGAACCACAGCCACUGGGGAGACUGGUGGAACGACAGCUACCGGUGAAACGGGAGGAACCACGGCCACUGGAGAGACUGGUGGAACCACAGCUACCGGAGAAACGGGAGGAACGACAGCUACCGGAGAAACGGGAGGAACAACAGCCACUGGGGAGACUGGUGGAACCACAGCCACUGGGGAGACUGGUGCAACGACAGCUACCGGAGAAACGGGAGGAACAACAGCCACUGGGGAGACUGGUGGAACCACAGCCACUGGGGAGACUGGUGGAACCACAGCCACUGGGGAGACUGGUGGGACGACAGCUACCGGAGAAACGGGAGGAACAACAGCCACUGGGGAGACUGGUGGAACGACAGCUACCGGAGAGACGGGAGGAACGACAGCUACCGGAGAAACGGGAGGAACAACAGCCACUGGGGAGACUGGUGGAACCACAGCCACUGGGGAGACUGGUGGAACGACAGCUACCGGAGAGACGGGAGGAACGACAGCUACCGGAGAAACGGGAGGAACAACAGCCACUGGGGAGACUGGUGGAACCACAGCCACUGGGGAGACUGCCACCGGAGGGACUGUUGGAACCACAGCUACCGGAGAAACGGGAGGAACCACAGCUACCGGAGAAACGGGAGGAACCACAGCCACUGGGGAGACUAGUGGAACGACAGGUGACACCGAAGGCACUGCAGGCACAACACCGAGUGGCACUGGUGGCACUGGGUCAACGUCUGGAGAAACGGGCAGUACUGGAGGUACAGGAGAAACCACAGCUACGGGAGAAACCGGUGGAUCAACAGGUGGUACAAGCGAAACAGAAGCCACGGGAUCAACUGCUGGACAAACUGGCGAAACGGGUGAAACUGGAGGCACAACACCAAGUGGCACUGGCAGCACUGGCCCAACAGCCGGGGAAACUGGUGCAACGGGAGAAACCACAGCCACCGGAGAAACUGGAGGAUCCACAGAUGGUACUGGGGGAACUGGAGGUACAACUCCAAGUGGUACUGGAGGUUCGACAGCUGGGGAGACGGGCGGAUCAACAGGCACUGGUGGGGCCACUGGAGGUACAACACCAAGCGGUACUGGAAGUACUGGAGGUACUGGAGGCACUGGAUCAACCUCGGGAGAAACUGGUGGAGCGACAGGUGGCACAGAAGCCACAGACGGUACUGGCUCAACCUCUGGAGAGACUGGAGGCACUGGAGGCACAACACCAAGUGGAACAGAAGCUACGGGUGGUACUGGGCCAACUCCUGCAGAGACUGGUGCAACUGGAGAGACUGGAGGAGCUACAGGUGGCACUGAAGCAACGACUGAAGCAACGGGAGCCACUGGAGCAACGACGGCUGCAACGGGAGCCACUGGAGCAACAACAGCUGCGACGGGAGCCACUGGAGCAACGACGGUUGCAACUGGAGCCACUGGAGCAACGACGGCUGCAACUGGAGCCACUGGAGCAACAACAGCUGCGACAGGAGCCACUGGAGCAACAGAUCCAACUGGAGAAACCGGAGGAGCCACAGGUGGAACUGAAGCCACUGGGGAGACUGGUGGAACGACAGCUACCGGAGAAACAGGAGGAACAACAGCUACGGGAGAAACUGGAGGAGCGACAGCUCUCACUAUCACUGGAGGCAAUGGUGGAGAAACGACAGAAACAGGAGAAACGACGAUCGGAGGAGGGGGCACAACGACAACCACACCCAGCGGAGGAGUCACGACGACGAGAAGCACUGGAACACCGGGAAAUCUCUCAUGUGGUGCGGGUGCCGCGUUCGAGCCGGUGGUCUACAACGCUGACAUGGCAGCAUCACCGGGGAAGUAUGGCGGUCAAUUUAUGGGUCCCGACGAUUGUGCCCAGCUGUGCACAUACAAUUAUGGACUCUUGCCCUGCAUCGGAUUCGCUUUUGUCACGGGGACGGGGCGCGGGAAAUGUAUCAUCUAUCAGUAUGACUAUCAGAUCACCAAUGCAUCGAGUCUCACUCCGGCGGAGAGCAAUGCGACCAUUUAUCGAAUGUGCAACUCUUUCUCGAGCACACUCACAACGAUUAUCCAAUUCACGACCACGACCACCCCCGUCAACCCACCAGUCACCACCACUCCGACAGUCACCACCACUCCGACAGCCACCGCACUCCCAGUCACAACAACCCCUAGCACUACCACGACAACAGCAGUCAAUGGAGGAACAACAACAACGGGCGUGACAACGGCAACAAAAACGACGACACCAGCAUCGGACACCACCACGACUGUCACAAAUAAUCCGAAUCAAUGGCCACAAUGCUCGGGUCCUCCCUCGGAUGUGCCCGGAUAUGCAAUUGUCGUCAUCACCGCCGACAUCUCGCAGGCGAACGGCCGCUUCGGUGGCUAUUUCUACGGAGCCGAGGAUUGCUCUCAGCUCUGCACAUGGGAUUACGGGAAUCUCGGGUGUUCCGGUUUCGCUUUCACUCCAAACCCUAAUGGUGGCCGCGGGAAUUGCACAGUGUUCCAGCAGGAUUGGCAAGUAAAUGCCUGUCAAAACGUGGGCGCACAGAUGAGCAACACCACUGUUUACGCUUUCUGUGGACUCAAUGGAACGACACAAGCUUGGCCACCAACGACCACAACAACGAUGGCUCCGGUUACAACAACCACAACUCCGAUCACAACUACCACGACUCCGGUCACAACUACCACUCGUCCAACUACCACAACCGCCACAACCACAACUACGAGUACGAGUACAACGACAACAACAACCACCAAACCAACGACCACUACUACAACAACAAUGCGCACAACGACGCCGACCACGACGCCGACAACGACAACUCCCACUACAACGACGACCACGACGCAAACGAUCGCCACUACCACAACAACGCCGAAUCCCGGAACCUGUCCCAACGGCUACCAGUUGGAAACAUCGAAUUUCGAUUUGGACUCGGUUGCGCAAGGGAAAUUCGUCGGCUAUCUCUCGUAUGUCGAAUCGUGUUAUCAAGCCUGCUACAACAAUUAUGGCUUGGACCAUUGUGUGUUUUUCACCUACGAACCCGAAGCGAAUGGUCUUUGCUAUGUCUACUCAUCGAUGCCAUCGCCAUUCGUCUCCAAUCCGUCAAGUACCGCCCAGGCAUACACGAUGUGUAGCAACACAUCCGGCCAGAACAAUCAGGGCAACGGGAACACUCAGGGAAAUCAGAAUCAAGGUGGAAACGGGCGAAGAAAACGGAGAAGAAGAAGA